CCGCCGAUCUGUAAGUCCGUACAGAGAGUGCACUACGGAGUGGCCAAACACGAAGAGGCGAGGAUUGAGUGCGAAGUGGACGCCGACCCGAGCGAACUCGUCUUCCACUGGGCUUUCAAUAACAGCGCCGACGAGAGUCUGGACGUCAUCUCAUUCGCCACCGAAGGCAAGAAGAGUGUCGCCACUUAUACACCGCGUGUGGACUUAGAUUACGGCCGACUCUACUGUUGGGCGCAGAACAGCGCCGGCAGACAACGCGAGCCCUGUGUCUUUUUCGUCAUCGAAGCCGGACCGCCCGAUCCGCCCGACAAUUGUUCGGUGACUAACAUAACCAUACAUUCGUUGACCAUUGAAUGCCUUCCCGGCUAUUCCGGAGGAUUGGAUCAGAUGUUUUAUCUGGAAGUGUUUAGCGCCAAUCCUAACCGUAUUUAUGUCAAUAUGAGUUCACCGGAGUAUCCCUUCUUCAUCGCCCACGGCUUACCCGCCGGAAGCGCUUUCCGACUGGUCUUGUAUUCAAUCAAUAAUAAAGGCAAGAGUCGGAGCAUCGCUAUGACCGGCAGUACACUAUUGGCAGCUCAAUGGCAAUCAGAUGAUUUGGAGCCGAUAGUGAUUAGUCCGCUGUUGGCUCUUCUCAUGGCUAUCGUCGGUGUCUUAAUACUAUUGGCAGUCAUUAUAAUAAUGAUAAUGAAAUUCAAAGCCGAAGACAAUAUAACGCAAAACGCCGAAAAGAUUGCCAUCAAUUCAAGCAAUCGCUCAAAUGAUAUUAAGGGAUCGAAAGCCUCUAAUCGUAAACUCUAUACAAUGGACGACAAUUGUCCCGAUAUUAUACUCUCUGAUAUCAUUCUCACCACAAAAGAGAACAACACAAUGGAUAGCAAUCACACAAAGACUACAUGUUUUAUAAGCGAUAAGACGUCGUCUCUCAUCGUUCCUCCGCCCGACUCUUUUCAUGACAAAUAUGACCCAAAUUUAUAUAACAAUCAACUCAUUAACACAACACUGACCACCACUACAGCCGAUAUGUCAUCUCCCAGUCCUUCCACAUCCACUCUGACCAACAGCACAGACCCCUUACGCCUUCUCUGUAACGUCAAACACAACCACACAAUCAAUACAAACAACCGGUUGACUUACGCCGAAAUAAUACUUCCAAACGAUAAUCACAUGGAUUGGGAGAAUCACAAGAGUAUUCUCGGUAUGAAUGAUAUCAACGAUUACAGACAUCGCUCACAAUCGCCGCACGUAUUGCUCGGCGCCAAAGGGAACCGAACCGUCGGAACCCUUUCCCGUCGAUCCGACCAGACAUCAGAUGAGGACAGCAUUAGUGUCGUCACCACUACUAACACACCCAUUAUGUCCAUGAAUGCCAAGAAUGACAACACAACUGUUGAGUCCAUACAUUGGGUUAUUAUGGAUAACGACGGCACGGAUUUUCCUACUCUUGUC